AUGUCAAAAGCUGUGGAUCCGGAGGUCAUCUCGAAUUUCCUCGCCGAACAGCGAGACGAGGCUCCUGCAGACAGUCAACACUUGUAUCUCACAUUCGAAGACCUUUGGGAACGAAAACUAUGGCAUCAGUUGACGGAUCACCUCCUGGACUUCUUCCAGACACCAGAGAGCAAGAAUCAGCGAUUAGCCAUCUACAAGAACUUCAUCCUUACUUUCGCGGACAAGAUCAACCAACUGAAGCUGGUCAGACUAGCCCUCAGUGCCUCCAAAGAGAUCUCAGAAGAUGACGGAAGGAGAGAUUUCCUCGAGGCGUUGGUCAAGCGGGUGGACAAGCCAGAGUCAGAGGAGGCACAUGUGUACGCCACAACAGAACUAGCGAGUGUAUACCUCGACACGGAUGAGACGACCAAGGCCCGAGCGGCACUAGACGAGGCGCAAAAGAAACUUGACAAGUUCAACUUCAUCGACAACACUGUCAACGCAUCCUUCUACCGAGUCAAUGCCGAAUACUUCAGCAAUAAAUGCGACUAUACAUCCUACUACCGGAAUUCGCUGCUGUACCUUGCUUGCGUCUCCUUAGAUACAGAUCUGACACCAAAGGAGCAGCAGUAUCGAGCAUACAAUCUUUGCAUAGCAGCUCUAGUGUCGGACGACAUCUACAACUUCGGAGAACUGCUAUUACACCCAAUUCUGGAUGUGCUGAAGCCACCACACGUCAAAUCAUGCUCCGAGAUCUGCUACCGCCAGCUUGCUGAGAACAAGCAAUUUCUUUAUCAGAAGAUUUCGCUUGCUGCCCUCACAGAGCUUGUCUUCAAGAGACCACCACACGAUCGAGCCAUGUCCUUCGACACCAUCAGCCAAGAAACACACGUCAAGCCGAACGAGAUCGAGCAUCUUAUCAUGAAAGCAUUAAGUCUUGGUCUUCUCCGCGGCAAGAUUGAUCAAGUAGCUGGUAUCGCGAAGAUCAACUGGGUGCAACCAAAGGUGCUAGAGCGAAGCCAAAUCGAAGGUAUGAGAGUGCGCUUGAAGGAAUGGGACAGCAAUGUGAACGAUUUGGGUCAUUGGAUCGAAGGCGAGGGCAAAGAUGUCUGGGCAUCAACCACCACUAGCAGCACCCUCACCACCAGUACCAAACUCCGCAUCCUCCCUCGACCCACCAACCCUCCUCUCCCAAAACGCCUACACCAACCCCCUCCUCUCCACCCCCGCCCUAUCGACAACCACUCUUCCCCCCAAAUCCACACCGCAACCAUAACCGCCAUCCACGCCCGCACCGCCCACGCAACCCGCACCACCUCCUACCUCCAAAAACACCUGCGCAAGACCUUUCCCACCACACACACCGACCUCGUGCACGACCCCUUCGAUCUGUUACGUGUUGGGGACGUGAUUCGGUAUACGAGGUUCUUUCCGCAUGAGCAGGAGGCGCGGAUGGAGGUGAAGCGGGAGAUGAAGGGGGUCAAGUGGGAGAAGCUAAGGGAGGACAGGAGGAACAGGUUGAUUGGGAGGAGGAGGGGAGGGGAUGGGAAGACGAGUAAGCGGGUGAGGGUACGGUUUGUGGUAAGGCAGGUUGUGAGUGCUUGGGGCGAGGGGUUGGAGGAAAGGUGGAGGGGGUUGCUGAGAGGAGGAGAGCAGAGAAGGAAGGGGUGGCAGGGAAGAAGGUCGGGAGUGUGA